AUGUUUCAGAAAAGUCAAAACAAACAUGAAAUGUCAAAUAAAACAUUAAAAUUUCCAAAAAAUCCAAUUUCCAAAUAGAAUACAAAACUUGUAGAAAAACAUUUCUUUGUAUUGUAAAGUAAUUCUCAAUGAUACUAUCAAGAUGAUAUCUGGUGCUAAAUAUGACGUUCUGUGGUCACCGGUGCAUACUGAUAAGUUUAUUUUAUGGGGCUCCGACAUAACCUUGUAUGAAGUUGCUCCCCUGAAAGAUAUUGAAAAGAAAUCAACAUGUGUAAAGAUAUCUCCAAGCACUGGGGCGACUGUGGUCGCGUCACAGAGUGCGGGUGGCGUGCGCUGUGUGGACUUCAGCUGGAUCUCAGGACUCGCUGACCCGCUGCUGGCCCUCGGACACACCAACGGACAGGUCUCCCUCACCAGCCUCGGACAGAAUACUGAGCAGAAUGACCUUGUUGGGAAGGAGUUUUUGCCGCGCUACCCGCGUCUCUGCAACUCAGUCUCCUGGAGCCCUACUGAGCCGGGGCUGCUGGCGGCCGCGCUGGACAAGCACCGCAGUGACCACUGCAUCCUGCUGUGGGACGUGCACCGCGGGGCGCCCGCCGCGGCUGGAGGCAGUGAGUCCUCGUCCACCCCCCCGGAGGCGGCUCGUCCGCUGGCGGAGAUGGGGCUCUCGGAGACGGCGCACAGCGUGUCGUGGACGCACGCCUCCAACCGCACCCUCAUUGCCUCCAUGAACCAGCGGUCCAUCAAGAUCUUUGAUUUAAGAGACCUAUCCAACAAGGCAGUAACCGUGGCCACGACCCGCGCGUGCUACGGCGCCGCCGCCGACCCGCUGUGUCCGUGGCAGCUGGCGUCGCGCGGAGACAGCGCCGUGUGCGUGUGGGACCUGCGGCGCCCCGAGCGCGCGCUGCUCACGCUGCCGCAGCCGCGCCCCGUCGCCAAGAUACUGUGGUGUCCCACCAGACGCAACCUGUUGCUGUCCUUGCUCCGGGACUCCAGCAGUCUGCGGCUGCACGACAUCCAGCAGGCGCACAGUGCGGGGCGCGCGGAAGACGACGACGAGGAUGAGCUGUCAUCCUCCCCCUCCGCCGUCGAAGCCGUGGCGCCCGCAUCCCAGGCGGCGGCUCCGGGCGUGGUGGAGCGCGCGCUGGCGCCCCCCGCCGCGCAGCCGCUGGCCGGCGCCGCGUGGCACCCCGCCGGCCCGAGGGUGCUGGCUGUGGCGCUUAAUGGAACCCUGUCGGAGUGCGUGGUCCGCGAGCGCGUGGUGGCGCGCUUCUGGCCGGGGGGCGUGGCGGUGGGGGGCGCGGGGGGCGCGCUGCGGCUGCACCCCGCGCCGCGCGACCCCGCCGCCGCCAUGCGCCGGAGAGCGCCGCAGUACGGGCUGCAGCCGGAGCUGUGGCAGAACGCGGAGCUGGCGGAGGACGAGGCGCUGGGCACGCUGUGGCACUUCCUGUCGCUGUCGCGCUCGCUCGUCGAGGACGGCUGCAUCCGUAGCACGGACAACAAGCACCCGGGCGUGCUGACGGUGGUGGCGGGCGAGGGCGGCGGCUACCGCUCCGAGUGCGUGCCCUCGCUGUUCCCCGACCUGCCGCAUCGCCGCGUCACUAUAUAUAGAUCAGCAGAGCGCACGCGCGCCCUCCAGCUCUGCGGGUGGGGCUGGGGCUGGGAGCAGGCGGCGGCGGGGGUGGAGCGCGCGGAGGCGGGGGGCCACCCCGCCCGCGCCGCGCUGCUGGCCGCCGCGCAUCUGCGCCUGCGCACGGCGCUCGAUGUGCUGGGCAGGGCCAGUGACCCGGCGGUUAGGGUCGCUGCGCUCGCGUUUGCUGGUCUAGGCGAGGAGCGUCUGUGGCGCGAGACAGUCUCCACGGCGGCGGCCGCGCUGCAAGAGCCCUAUCUGCGGGCGCUGCUGCACUUCCUGGCCGCCACCGCCCCCGCCGCCGCCGCGCCCGCGCCGCCCGCCGCCAUGGACGCCGUGCUGAAUGAGACAGAGAUGCGUCUCGAGGACCGCGUGGCCUUCGCGUGCAUGUACCUGUGCGACACGCGCCUGCAGCAGUACCUGCGCGGGCUGGGCGCCGCCCUGGCCGACCCGCCCGCCCUCAGCGGCCUGCUGCUCACUGGCAUGUCGCCAGCGGGAGUCUCCCUGAUCCAGCGCUGGGUGGACGCGACGGGCGACGUGCAGUCGGCGGCGCUGCUGGCGGCGCGGUGCCUGCCGCCGGCUGCCAGGCGGGCGGACCCGGCCAGGCACUGGCUUGCUGAAUACCGCUCUCUGCUGGAGUCGUGGAAGCUGUGGUACCCGCGCUGCGCGGUCGACACGUUCGCCAGGGCGGGCGACGACCCCGCCGCGCCCGACCAGCUGGGCGGGAAGAGACAGGUCUGUGUAGCGUGCAGCUACUGCGGCAAGUCGGUGGCAGCGCCGCCCGCCCACGCGCGCCCCCGCCCCAGCGUGGCGCGCCUGCCGCCGCCCACCGCCAACAUGAAGCAAAUUUCCUCCUGCCCGCAUUGCCGCAAGCCGCUCCCCCGCUGCGGGGUCUGCUCCCUGCACGUGGGCACGGCGGCGGGGGGCGCGGGGGGCGCGGGGGCGCACUUCGCCGGCUGGUUCACGUGGUGCGUGGCGUGCCGGCACACGGGACACGCCACGCAUCUGAUGGAGUGGUUCAAGACUCACACGGAGUGUCCCGUGAGCUCGUGCACCUGCCGCUGCAGCACGCUGGACCCGCCCGACCGGCCGUAGCGCCCGGCGCUGACUCGGGGUGGGGGGGAUGAUGAUGAUGA